AAAAGCAAACCCUUCAGUUGCCCUGAUGAAAGUCUGAGGUAGGCCUAAAUUGUAUUACACUGUAAUAGAUACAACAUCAAAACUCUGUGAGAUACCAUGUUUUCACAAUGUCAGACGAAAAUCAGAGAGAUUCAGAAGAGGAUGACGAUGAUGAUGACAGCGAGAGUGGAUCAAGCAGAGGCCAAAAUGGUUCAUUUUUCACCAAUGUAUUCAAUAGUUUGAUUUCAGGGUUUCUUCGAAACUGGGGCUGCCUCCGAAGCGUUCCCAACAUGUUGAACGUUCCCAGCCAGUCGUUCCCUGCGCCGUGUUCCCAGCAGCGGGUCGCUCCGUCCGGCCAGUCCGGAAGGAACAAGGUGGCGUUGAAGCCUGGCCACAGUUUAAUGGACUGGAUUCGAUUUUCCAAGAGUGGAAAAGAUCUGACAGGGCUCAGAGGGCGCCUGAUUGAAGUUACCCAGGAAGAGCUGCAGAAACACAACACAAGGGAGGACUGCUGGACCUGCAUACGAGGUAUGGUUUACAACGUGACCCCCUACAUGGACUACCACCCUGGUGGGGAAGCUGAGCUGAUGAAGGCCGCUGGGAUAGAUGGCACUGAGCUGUUUGACCAGGUCCAUCGUUGGGUGAACUAUGAGUCCAUGUUAAAAGAGUGCCUGGUGGGCAGGAUGGCCACCAAGGUCCCCACAGCCAAUAAAGCUAUCACUCCUCCUACGCCACCGACUGGCCUCGCCCCACCUAUGUCAGUGGCUCCUCCCCAAGACAAAGACUCCCGGCCUCGGUAUGACUGGUUCCAAACUGAUGUGACUGUUCAUCUGGUCCUUUAUGCUAAACGGAAGAUCCCCAGCUCGGGCUGCACCACUGUUGAUCUUGAGGCCGGGGUUCUACGGCUGGAAGUGCUGCUGGGGCAAAUGUCCUACAUGAUACAUUUACGUCUUGCUGAUGAAGUUGAAGGAACUGUUGCUGUCCACACUGCCUUUUCAGUGGGAAAGAUCCAGAUCAGCAUACGCAAACAGGCUAAAGAAAAAUGGACAAGACUUGGUCAACCACUGGAAUUUCACAAUACAUUUCUACGAAAAAAAGACAGAGCUCUCUAUUAUCGGGAUUGUGUGUUGGUGUCUAAGACUCAGGUGAACCAUAACACCCACGUGUUCAGAUUGCAAUUCCCACGUGGGACUGUCAUGCAUGUGCCUGUUGGAAAACACGUCUACCUCAAAGCCCUCAUUCAAGACACAGAGGUAGUGAGGCCGUAUACCCCAGUAGAUCAGAACCUGGAAGCAGCCUCCCUCCGCUCCUCGCAGGAAUCCGACCUCUACCUCAUGAUCAAAGUUUACCCUGAUGGAGUGUUCACCCCACAUCUCAACAGCCUGUGCAUCGGUGACUGUAUAUCCAUUAGUGGUCCAGAGGGUACCUUCAGUCUCCGCCCCCUUCGUGAUGUCACAUACCUCUACCUAAUAGCAGCAGGCACGGGGUUCACGCCCAUGGCUCGCCUCAUCCAACUGGCCCUACAGGACAUUGACACCAUCAGAAAAACCAAGCUGCUCUUUUUGAACCGGCGAGAGGAGGACAUCCUGUGGCGCUGUGAACUGGAUGAACUGGCUGCUAAUACGGACAGGUUUCAGGUGGAGUACGUCGUCUCCGAUCCCUGUGAAAGCUGGACUGGCAGGACGGGGCGGGUGGAUGAGUCCAUGCUCAAGGAUUUCCUCAACAGGCCCGACGGGUCCAAACGCUAUGUGUGUGUGUGCGGCCCCGAUGCCUUUACAGAGCUAACAAUAGGGUUUUUGAAGCAGCAGGGCUUCAGUGAAGAGGAGCUCCACGCCUUCCAGGGCUGAUGAGCUCUGCCUCGACCCCACCCUUCAAAGACUGUGUGCCUGCGAGCGAGAGAGCGACACAGAGAGUCCAUUUUAAUUUAUAAAGCAGUGUUUGUGGGAGAUAAAUGGAACGUUGUAUUUCUAUGCACCAAGGGCGCUGAAGAUGCCGACAGCAGGCAACACGACCCAGGCUUUGAUGGGCUGUAAAGACAAUCCCAAAAAUCACAGUUCAGUAAGAUUUGUAUGAUUCUGGCUCGUUUUGGUCCGUGUCUGGAAUAAAGUUAAUAAUGUUCAUAAAACUAUAAGUUGAAACAUUGAAAAGGUGUGUAAAAUAAAAGCAGUAAAAUAUACUGAGACACAGAGAAAAUCAUGAGAUGAUGUAAACUGAUGGAUUAUAUGCAAUAUAAAAACAGAAUUAACAUGAGCUUUGGUGUGUGAAGCAGAGGAUCUUCUGGAGAUAUUUAUGGAUAUUAAAGUUCCAGUUACAUGGAUGGAUGAUUUUGCAGGAGUUAUAACCAUUGAAACCAGUGAAAUAAAAUGCAUUAUGGUAACAUUU